CAUUAACCAACAACUUAAAUCUGCUUUAAGAAAUCUAAAAACAUUAGUAAUCAUAAUAAAAUUAUUAUAAUAUGUUAUAAUGGCAAACAUAUAUUUUUCCAGAAUAAAAAACGCACACUUAGUUCUCAUGAGUGGUGACGUAUGAAUUCCACGCAGAGCUCAAACACACGCGCGCAGACACACACACACACACACACACACACACACACACACACACACACAUUCCUGGUGGGAGUGAGCGAGCGAGCACACGCGCAGUCCAUCUCUCCUCACUCUGAAGCUCGCUCGCCUCGCUCUCAGUUAUCCCACGCAUCACGCACCGUCAAGUUGACUGUCGCCAUGCGGGAUCACAGGCGUGCAGCUGCUUUCAUGUGAUCAUCUCUCCGGCUGCAGGUGAGAAAGCGCUGAGUGCGUGCCGCGCUGCCCAGAACUGUGGUGCCACGGAUGCGCUUUACGCUGCUGCAUGAAUGCUUGGUCAUAACCCUUGGAUUUCAGCAUUAUUGCAAAGGACGGCGAUGCGUUUGGUCCAGCAGCGGUCUGAGUGCGCUCGGUGAUGGAUGUCUUGUAUAUUUUUCCUCUUGGGAAUUAAGGAAGGUUAAUGGAGAGCCGUGCGCUUCCGUGCGCCUUUUGAACAAACUGCGUCUUUCGGGCUUGUGCAUGCCUGCGUUGAGAUUUGCACAUUAAUGCUGGGUCAUUCGGCAUUACUGAUGUAAAAAUGCUGAACAACAUUCUGCUACUGAGUGUUUUAACGGUCACCAGUCUCCCAUCAAAGACAGAGAGCCGCAAAACUUCCAAAGACAUCUGCAAGAACCGGUGCUCGUGCGAGGAGAAGGAGAACGCAUUAAACAUCAACUGUGAAAACAAGGGUUUCACCACGGUCAGUCUGUUUCAGCCUCCGCAAAACAAAAUCAGCCAACUCUUUCUGAAUGGAAACUUUCUCACCAAGCUCAGCCCAAACGAAUUCUUCAAUUAUGGUAAUGUAACAUCUCUGCAUUUGGGUAAUAAUGGCUUGCAGGAAAUUAAACCGGGGGCGUUCAAUGGGUUAAAAAACUUAAAACGUCUCCAUCUUAAUAACAAUAACUUAGAAAUCAUUAGAGAGGACACUUUUUCUGGUCUGGAAAGUUUGGAGUAUUUGCAGGCUGAUUACAAUUAUAUUAGUGCCAUUGAAGCAGGCGCGUUUAAUAAACUGAAUAAACUCAAAGUGCUGAUACUCAACGACAACCUUUUGCUUUCUCUGCCUAAUAACAUAUUUCGCUUUGUCAUGUUGACGCAUUUGGAUUUACGGGGAAAUCGACUGAAAACGCUGCCGUUUGCUGGCGUCCUGGAGCACAUAGGUGGAAUAAUGGAAAUCCAGCUGGAGGAGAACCCAUGGAAUUGCACUUGCGAUUUGAUACCUCUGAAAGCCUGGCUGGAUACAAUUUCGGUCUACGUGGGGGAUAUCGUUUGCGAGACGCCUUUCAGACUGCACGGCAAAGACGUCACGCAGUUGAUAAAGCAAGACCUUUGCCCUAGACGCAAUCCUGGAGACGCGAGUCACCGCGCAAUGCAGCCGCCGUCUGACUCGCAAUACCAGGCUCCAUCUCCGACCCUUCGUGCCCGGGUGACGCCGACCAGAGCCCCAAAGGCGUCCCGCCCCCCCAAAUUAAGAUACCGUCCCACACCGCGCGUCACGUCCAGCAGAGACAAACACGUAUUCGGGCCUAUCAUGGUGUACCAGACACGGUCGCCGGUUCCAAUUACGUGUCCGAGCGUUUGCGUGUGCACAUCACAAAAUCCAGACAGCGGAUUAAACAUCAAUUGCCAGGAACGCAAACUUCAAAACAUAUCUGAACUUCAACCCAAACCAUCCUAUCCAAAGAAACUGCAUUUAACUGGUAACUAUUUGCAAACCAUAUACAGGACGGACCUGACGGAGUACAGCACCCUCGAGCUUCUGCACUUGGGAAAUAACAGAAUAGCAAUCAUUCAGGACGGAGCAUUUGAGAAUCUGACGAGCCUGCGAAGGCUGUACCUGAAUGGCAACUACAUUGAAAGCCUGUCUCAGUCUUUAUUCGCUGGGAUGCAAAGUUUGCAAUAUCUCUACUUGGAAUAUAACAUCAUCAAAGAGAUAUUACCCCUUACAUUCAACUCGCUGCACAACCUACAGCUUUUGUUUCUUAAUAAUAACCUCCUGAGAUCACUUCCCGACAAUGUGUUCGGAGGAACCAUGCUGACAAGGCUUAAUCUCAGAAACAAUCAUUUCUCACAUCUCCCAGUGCGCGGGGUGCUCGACCAGCUCUCCGCCUUCAUACAAAUUGAUCUCCAGGAGAACCCGUGGGACUGCACGUGUGAUAUCGUGGAGCUGAAGAACUGGAUGGAGCUGUCCAGCACCAGCGUGGUUGUGAACGAGAUCACAUGCGACUCGCCAUCCAAACACGCAGGCAGGCUUUUGCGCUCUCUUCGCAACGACGCCAUCUGCUCGGAACCGGAUGAGGUUCCUGUGACCAAAGCUCCCACCGUGGUGAGCUCGAGCACCGAAGCGACCCCUUUUCCUACCGUAACCCCCACGGACAGAGUGCCCGAGAUGCCCCCGGAGGUGCCGCUGUCCGUUCUCAUCUUGGGCCUGCUCGUCGUGUUCAUCCUCUCCGUGUGCUUCGGGGCGGGUUUGUUCGUGUUCGUCCUCAAACGUCGCAAGGGGGUCGAGAGCGUCCCCUCGGGUGCCAAUAACCAUUUGGACUUGAACUCUUUCCAAGUACAGUACGGCUCUUACAACCCAGACGCCGGCGCGGAUAAAACCGAUAAUCACGUGUACAACUAUAUCCCUCCGCCUGUAGGUCAGAUGUGCCAAAAUCCCAUUUACAUGCAGAAGGAAAGCGAGCAGGUGGCUUAUUACCGGAACCUGAAAAAGGAGCUGAGCUUCGGCACACUUGACCCCAAAAAGGACGAACUCAAUCGCAGCCCGGCUUACACUAUAAGCACAGUGGAGUUUAUUGAUAAGCAGCCGUGCGCCAAGCGCGAACCGGAGCUGCUUUACCAGAACCUUGUGGAAAGGGCAAAAGAUCUGCCCCAGUCAGGGCCGCUCAGCUAUAACUUUUGCACUUUACCCAAAAAAUCCUUCAUUGCACCAUACGAGACCACCCGACGGCAUAACCAGGAUCGAUUAAACAAAACCGUGCUCUACGGGACCCCGAGAAAAUAUGCCGCACAGUCCAAAAACGAGCUGUCCAACAAGCUUAAAACCGAGCCGGACUACCUCGAAGUUCUGGAGAAACAAACUGCGAUGAGUCAGUUGUAAUAUGGAGUCCACGUAGGCCUGUGUCAUGUGUAUGAAACCACAUAAGACGAUAUAAAACAUCACAAACCCAAGCCUUCCGUCUUCUUUUAGAGGCUGUCUACAUCGCCGCAAUUUAAAGAUAUAUUAUUUUCUCUAAGGUUUAAAUUAUUUCUUCUACUUGAAACGUCAAGACUGUAGCAGUUGUCGCAAGAAUAUGUAUAGCUUACAGCUUCAUGCUUUGUUUUUGUAAUAUGAAAUCUAUUUUCUCUCAGAUGACAGGGUUGUUGAAAUGACAUUCCUGUAGAUUAUAUCGGAUGGUGAGUGCAACACAAGUUCCUGGUUCCAGAAGUGCCUUUUGCACUUAAAGUAUUUUAUCUCUGCUUUCUGCUAAUCGACUUUUUAUAAGUGCUGUAUUUUAAGACUCUUUAUUGUAAAAUAGGAUUAUUUGUCCAUUGCAUUAAACUGAAGAAAGGUUAAAUGGCACUCCGUUGUUGGGUAAAAUAUUAUUUUCAUUGCUGCAGCUCGAAAAUCGGCUAGCUCAAAAUAGUUACAGUCAAAACUGAUUUAUUUAAAAUGAAGAAAGCAGAUGCUCGGUGAUGGAUGUGGAUUGAACAGUGUUAUGCGGCACGUCUGAGCUGCGUUAAUGGCACGUGCAGUGUGUGUGUGUGUGUGUGUGUGUGUGUGUGUGUGUGUGUGUGUGUGUGUGUGUGUGUGUGUGUGUGUGUGUGUGUGUGUGUGUGUGUGUGUGUGCGCGUGCUUAAGGCCCAUAGCUGACAGUUUAUACUAAACGAGUUUAUACUUGAUUGUCCAUAAAGGUAGAGAAACUGAAAAAAUACAGUGUUUAAAGACAAUUGCUGCAGAAAGAGUUUAUAUUUUCAUACAUGUGUACUUUGUCUGAUUUUUCUUAACGUGACGCAAUGGCUUGGUUACUGCGUGUCUGAUAUGCGUUAUUCUUAAAUGUUUGUUUAAUUGACAUCAGUUUGCACUUUACUAUUAGAAAUCCCGGUCGCUGUCCAUGGUGCUAAAAGUGUUUGCAUUGGUUGAUAGCGCAAUGCUGUUGUCUCAGUGCUGAAUAUCGUCACUUAUUUGAAUAUGCCUUAUGUAAAUUACCUUAAUGAUUUGAUCAAUGAUAUAUGGAUGUUAUAUUCCUUAUAAAUAAGACGAGCAUUAUUAUUAGCACCAAAAUCUGUUUUAUAUAUAGGCUAUAAUGUUUUGUUGAUUUUAAGUUCCUUUCCUUUUUAAGUUUACAUAUUUUUAAAGAACCUCAUGCUGUUAUUGCAGAUCUCUAUACAAAAACACUUUUUUAUUUUGUUACAUUUCAUUAAUAAUUAAUUACCUUGCUAAAAUGUUUGCAAGGGAUCUUAGCAUCUUGAGUUUAAACGAGGCAAAUAUAUUUCCCCUUUGGGAAGAAAUGAGCGCUUGAUGUAAGAGAAUGUUUUUCAUCCAGUUUUAAAUGGAGUACAAUGAGCCUCUGUGUGGCUGUUUCCUGGUGUGGCUGCACAUGCUCUGCACAUCAAUGAGCGGCCUGACCAGCAAAAAGCUUUCUGCUCUAGAUGGAGACGUCAUGCCUUGGUUUGAUCUAAAUUGUUGAGCUCUAAUCGGUUUAUGCAAAGCUAGCGAGGCUGUUUCAUUGAUGCAGAUUCAAAUCACAAAUACAGUUGGUUCCAGUUUACUUUGUGUGUCUUUCUCAUUUUGCGUGAAUGUGCAUAGAUGCAUAUCAUAUAUGCAUUACAGAUGCAGUUGGAUUGGGUGUAAGUUUCAGAUGCAUGUGAUUAUGCAAAAUAUUUUUUAUAAGUCUGAGGAGUGUGCAGUCCAUCAGUUACAGUACAACCAUAUCAUUUUUUUUUAGAGGUGACUUCCUGCUGUGUGGAUAGUGAACUACUGUAGGUUUAUUGAAGAGAGAGCUUUGGAGACCCAGCAGUGCUGCAGCGCUUUUACGCCAGUAGCGAUGAAUUAUGUCAAGACGGUCGAAUGUAGUUGGCUCCAGAUUCAAAUCAAUGGAAGUGAUUCGAGAGGCUUGCUGCUGGGGGCUUGUCCUCAAACUUUCCUGGCUCACUUUAGCUAUGCCUAUGGGCAGCUUCCAACUUUUCCCAUAUAAAUCAUUAACUCUACUUUUUAUUCAUCUCUGGUUUGCAGGCAUGUGACUACCAGGAAGAGCAAGUAAUUUUUGUGGCUCUGAACUGUGAUGUAUUCAUGACGGGCUUAACUUUGAUUUACUGAGUCAGUAUGUAGAUCUCUUGAGUAACUGCAGAGCCGGAAGGCAAAUUCUUUGCAAGGCAAUGACGUCUGAACUGUACAGUAGUGUUGCGGCAAAGAACUGAAUAUUAGGCAUUUUGAUGGACUCAUUCUCAUUUUUAUGUGCAUUAUAUUAUAUUACAGACCAAUAUCAUAUUAAGACCUUAAAAAUCAAUGGGCCACGUAUUCAGUCAGUUUUAACCUUAUUCGUGUUUUACAUGAUGUAUUAGUUGAUUAUUUUUAGUAACUAGGCAUGAUUUUGUAUUACAAAUUUUCCCAAAACCAUUAUGGCAGAGAUGCAACACAGUUUAAGUCCUAAAGUUAUUUAAUUAGAUAUACUGCACAGCAGCACUCUUGCACAACAUGCUACUGUUUUUGUUCUUGCACUAAUAAGUAAAGAAAUUAAUUGGAGCAUGAUCAAGUUACAAUGAGCACAUACAGUAGAUGGAUAUCAGUGAUUCAGCUUAUGGAUCCAGUUAAAAACACAUGCUGCGUGAGGAAAACAGCUUGAGGAUAGCCAUCGAGGGACCACUCAAGACCACUCGCAGGGAUCUCGAGAGCUCCAAUCAAACAAAGUGAUAGUAGAGCAUGUAGUGAUAUCAGAGAAGCAUCGCUGUGUGCCAAGACCUGAAUAUUCACUAUCUGGCUAAACGUGUUUGAAACAAAUUAAAAGUUCAAAAUAAAACAUACACUUCUUACUAUAUGCACUGAUGUAUUGGGCUAUCAUCAGUAUUGCAUAUUGAUACAAGCAAUAUUUCUGACUAUCGGAAGUUGGCGGAUUGUUUUAAAAACAGCCAAUGGUUGUGGCAGAUUAAUAAAAGGGUCAGAAAAAGCAUCAGAACUCAUGUGAUUAUUUUGAAUUGGGAGACAAUGACAACUAGUGCUGGGACAAUACAUUGCGAUACAUACGUCUGAUAUCGAUUCUGAAUCGCAAAGGCAAUAUUAUGCAUAAAAAUUUCAUGUACUAUGGCCCUCUUAACAGUAGGAAGUCUAUAUCAAUCUGAAAUCACUUUUAGUUUGAGUCAUUAAUAACAUGCAUUUGAAAAAGCAACACUCGUCAAACAUAAUCAUUAUAAAUAUUCUUUCUUAUCAUGAAAAUACAUAAAAAGGUUUGAUUAACAUAUAGAUAUGCUUAUAGGCAUUUCAUGGAGCAGAAAUGGUUCUUCUUCUGCGGUGCAUAUUGAGGUGCACGAGAACGGCUUUUGGAUGUAACAGCAUUGCACUGUAAUCUUUAAAGGUGGGGUGCAUGAUCUCUGAAAGCCAAUGUUGACAUUUGAAAUCACCUAAACAAACACACCCCUACCCUAAUAGAAUCUUGACCUUCUUUUGAUAGACCCCACAGAUAUGCAACCCAGGCAACAAUGUUGGUUAGUAGACACGCCUCUUACUGCUGAUUGGCUACAAGUGUGUUUUGGUAGUCGUUCGUGUUUUUCAAAAAUCACGCACCCUGCCUUUAAGAAGCAAAGUAAGCAUCAUCGCACAAUUUAUCAUCCCAGCCGUAAUGACAACAGAAUUAAAUAGUUAUUAUAAGUUAUUUUUCAGUAUUUAUUAUAAGUAAAAAGCUAAACUGUCGGUAUCUAUUGGUAUGAUGUCAUUCUAAGUUGACGAAUAUCGGUAUUACUGAGAUUUUUUAUCAGUUCAUCUCUACUACUGACUGCAAGUUUUCACUCAGCAUGAUAUCAAAUGACCUGUAUUGACUUUUUUUGAAAAAAAAAAAAAAUAGACCAAUGCAAAAUUAUUUUCAGUUUUUCUAAAAUGUACUAUUUUAGAUAUGUGUUUAGAUAAAAUGGCAAUGCUUUCCCGUGGCAAUUCAUAUGUAUUUUACAAGGUGGCGAAUCCGUACGACCACAUUUGUACAUUUUGAACAAUUUGCUUUUGCCCAGUGAUGUUGGGGUUAGGGGUGGGGUUACAUUAUUGUUUUGUUUUUUUCGUUUGUUUGAUAAUCGUAUGUUUUUGUACGAUUCACCUCCUACAAAAUUCUUACAAAAUAGCCAACUUGUAAAAUCCGUACGAAUUCUCAUAAAAUCAGGUUGAGAAUGAUAGUUUAUGUUUCAUUCUGUGAGAUAUUAAAAACAUGUAUUUUAUAUGUCAAAAAAAAAAAGAUUAAUUUGAGAUUAAUUUGAAUUUAUUCACAAUUUUUGCUCAUUUUUCCAUGGCAUUCUCACAGAUCUCCGGAUUUUUCCGUGGCAUUCUCACGGAUUGGUUACUCAACUGCUUUUUCCAAUUUUUUUAAACCAUUGUUACAUCGGUUUAGGGUUAGAUUUGGUGUUUGUGUUAGUAUGUCACUUUAAGUAUUGGUUUGUACUAUUUUUUUUCUUAUUUAUUCUUUUAUUUUUUCUAAACUUUAAACAAUUGUGGCCUGGCGUUGGGGUUAGAGUUGGGCUUGGGAAAGGAUGUAAUUUUAUGUAAAUCUAACCCUAAACCGAAGCGACAAUGGUAAGAAAAAAGGACAAAACAGUUGAGUAACCAAUCCGUGAGAAUGCCACAGAAAAAUGAACAAAUUUGGAAAUUCGUGAGAUAAUGUUGAUAAAAAAAUAGACAAACAGGUGAACUUAACAAAAAAAAAGAUGCAAUGAUUUCAGACCUCAAAUAUUGCAAAGAAAAGUUUAUAUAAUGUUUUUAUAAACAACACAAUACUUAAGUUUUGCAUGUAUUUAAAAAUAGUUCAAUAAUUAAUAUUAGAUGGAAUAACCAUGAUUUUUAUUCACAGCUGGCAUGCUCUCUAUCCGUUUUUAACAUUGCUGUUAAUGUCACUUCUGAGGUUUACUUUUGCUGGAUUCAAGCAUCCACUGGAAUGAGAUAACUGCCAUAAAUGUAGACAUGCUGAUUUAAAGCAAAUCUGGAGUGGUCUCUUAAUUUUUUAAAGUCCUAUUAAGGAGUAUUCAUUGGUUCCAACACGAAAAAGUUUGUCAUUGUAAUUUUUACCAAAAAUAUCUGAGCAAUCAUCACAUAAAAUAGUUAGCAUGUUUCAUGUUGCCUUCUGGUGUGUUUUAUGAUAUUUUUAGGUUUUAAGAAAAAAUUGCAAUUCCAAAAUGCUUUAGUGAACUUUUCAGAGAAUGUUUGUCAAAUGACGAUGAGACAAACAGUGACAUUAACACCAAAACAACCCGUACAACAAACAAGCUUGCAGUUUAAUGUAAAUCUCGUAAACCGUUUUAUGUGAUAACAGCAGGAGUGUGAGUGUGUGAUUGUCUGCAGUCAGAUUUAGGGAUGAGACUUUGUGUAUAAUCGUUCUUCUGUGUAUGUCUGAUGAAUAAUGUAUUUGUUUCAUGGCCGCGUAAUCAUUUAGGCAUUAAUGAUGAGCUGCGUUGGAAGCUGACAGGGUGUUUCGCACAACUGUCACAGUACAAACUGCCUCAUAGGGCUUGACGACUGCCGUAAAAGCGUUUCUCUGGAAACAACUGCAAAAUAUAUCUACAGUACGGCCAGCACAGCGCCAUUUGUUUAAAGUGCUCAGCUAUAAUUCUCUCCAAAGUGUGGAAGGGCUUGGAAUUGUAUACCUAAACAUAUCCUUUUGUACUUUGUAUUUCAUUGUUAGGGUUGAAACUCUUUAAAAAAUAUGCAUGUGUGCUAUCGAUUGCACACACGCAGAUGCAAGAGUAAGAUAUGCAUAAGUACUGCAUGCAUCUCUAUUUAUGCUUUCCAUAUAGGAUAACCUUUGCAAAUGUUAUGUCCCGCCUGUCUUUUGAAACGUUGUAUCAAAAGAUCUGCCCUCGCCUGCGAGCUUAAGGCACAAAGCAAAGAGAGUCGGGUAUUGUGUGAUGAGUAGGACAACGUGAGAUCGAAGCGGUAGCUUUGCGGUUCACAGAGAGGGCAACAGUAAUGGAGAUGAGGAAGUGAUGUAAAUAUACCUCAAACAGAAAUUGACCCUUAAUGUCCGAGAAUACGAAUGGGUCAGUGUGAGAGCUUGUGCAUGUCUUAACUGCACCCAAUACACACUGUGAUGUUGUAGUGGGUUUCACUUAAAUAAUAACCAUAAACGUUCAUCACGACAAUCAUUAUAUUCCACUUAAGGUUCGCGAGACCAUCAUCAGCAGGCGGGAAAUUAUUUACAAGCUAGUGUAACGGGCGACAAGAAGUAGCAACAAAAAUAAAACCGGUUCCUUUCCUUGAAGUCCAAUUAUGUUAGAUAAAGCACAAUGCUUCUUUCAUUGCCGUCUCUUCAUCUUAUUUCCUUCGGAGAAGCAGUGUAGAUAAAAGGAUUGCAUGGAAAAACGCAUUUUAACUAUGUGGUAUGCAAAAGACUUUCGAAUGAGAAGCUGGGGCUUAAUGGUGUAUUAAAACGAUUGGCUUUCAACCUAAUUUUAAACACAUGUCCAUUGAUUUUCACAGGGGUAAUGGUCACCGCUAUUUGCUUUCAUGCAUGUUUUGAUCUACGUGUUCCUAGGGAAUGCAUGCAAUGGUUGGAUACCACAUAAGUCACUAUGGACGAAAGCAUCUGCCCAUGUAGCUGGUAAAGCAUGAUGUUACACACACCAAUGUCACAGUUUUGAUGCAUAAGAAAUAUCACUGAUUAAACAUAUGGUUUGAUUGAGAAAACUCGAGCACCUGCCAAAUGCAUAAAUGCAAGAAAAGAAAAAGUCAACUUUAAAAACACCAGAUGGUGAUGUUACAAAGAUUAACUUGUAUUGCAUUUGGUAUAUCUCUUUGAAUGUAAUUCUCUCAGCCGACAUCCAUCACUGCUGCAAAAGCAUGAUUGUACUCGCUUUGACAGAAUUAGAGAGCAAAACCCAAAAUCUAUAAGAGGAAAAUCUAAGUGUAGACUACAUGUCAGCUAAAUGUUGACACAGAUCUAUGCUGAAUAAAAGAAAAGGGAUGCUGACGUUGUUCAGCACAAGUCUUUAAAGCGUAGAAAGUACAGUCGCCUGCAGGAAGCUUAAAAAAUGGCAGUGAAAACGCUUUUUGAAGUACAGCUGCUCUUGCUAAAGCUUUUCCAAACUGCAAAUUAAAACAGUUGGGUUUCGAUGUUUAUAUACCUUAACUUCAGUCACAUUUUCUUUGACAGCCUAAAGUAUCUAACGUUGACGCGUUGAUUGUUGCCUGAGGUAAAAAAUGCAUUAAGUCCUCAGUCAAUUAGACAUUUGAGGAAUUGCUUUAUAAUACUAGCUUUGCAUAGCCCUGAGCUAGAGUUCUGAAAGGGUCUUAUAUGGUUAUGGAAUACAAACACAUUGGUCUAUUGAGUAUAAGAGUGUCAAGUGUACUGUAUUUGGGCAAUAAAACGUAGCACAAAGACAGUUUCAAACAACAUCUAUGAGCUGAUUUGCAAACCCGCAAGGGUUUCGAUUGCACAAAAGCAAAAGUAAUAGCUUUGUCACCAAAGCAGAAUACUUUUUAUCCAGCCCUAAUACUUGCAUAGUCACAUGCAUCCCAUCACUUCAGGGGAAUGUUUAUUUUGGGCCGAACAUAAUUCGCCUCAGUCUGCAUGUAGGCCAGCUCCGAAAGCUUAGUGACAUCAGUCUGUUAAUCAGUCUUUCUCCCCCAAAGGAUCCAGCAGUCACAGAUGAUGGUUCAGAUUUCUUCAGGAUCGAUACGGGCCCAGGACACGUCCAAGCGGGACACCUCGGUGUCAAAUUGUUACUCAGUGGAGUACGGCUGACCACUGUGCCCUGGAGGAAAUAUUACAACCGUCAGCCUGUCCACUCUCGCUUCCCAUUCAAUCAUGCGUCCAAAAAUCGCCCGAGAGGAAACAAGCCAACCCAGUGAACGGUUGAGGGGUGACAUCAAUCCCUAUUCUGAAGUGAUGCGACGGCUGGUGUGGGUUCCUUCAUAUUAUAUAUUUGGCACUGGCAGUCAUUUGCCUCAUAGCACAUGCAUAUUUCAUACUCUAAUGCACAUAUAGGACAUCUUUGACUGGGUACAUGUGUGGAAAAUUAACUAUCCACACUUCAGGUGUAUCAGUUUAAAGAAGUACAACAGAAAGUGCCAAUGCUAUAAACUAACUCAUAUGUGUCAUUGGAGCGAUUACAUUUUUAUGUAUUUAUGUUUCAUGACUAAUGCUAGCUUAAUUGUUUUUCUAUUGCUCUUUAUGUUGCUUUACAGCUGAAUAAACUAAAAUGUCCACUCACUCGUAUAAAGCAUUGAGAUGUAGUGAAUCAAGUCUUUUGAAUGGGUUAUUUAACUAAAGCAUUAAAAAUGAAUGUCUCAUUUAUUUGUAGUGAAAUACAAGGAUGUAUUAAAAUAUUUUACACAUAUUUAAAAAACUUUUUUAAUGCUGCAGAUAUUGAUCUGAAGGACAUGUUUUAUGAACUCUAAAUAUAAGUUCAUCAUGUUCAAUGUUAAAGAUUAGCAGACAAAUUAAAUAUAUGAAGUGUUUGGUUCCAAAACGCAAUAAAUCCAUUUUGACUAAUUUGGGUAAAAUUGUAUUUUCUAUACCAAGAAAGUGACAAGAUGAAAACUACAAUUUUCUAUUACAAACUUUCACAUAGCAUCUUUAGGUUAUAAUAAAAAUAAAAUUCUAAUCUAUCAUUUGAUUUUUAAUAAUUUAUCGUAAAAACACAUUCUAUAAAUGGCUGGGUUAUUUUUGACCAGGUAAAUAUUGGACAGAACACAUGCUGGGUUAAAAAUAACCCAAUGUUGGGUUGUUGGUAUGCAACCAUAAAUUAUAAUAACCCAACAGUUGGGUUUAAACAACCCAGCAUUGGGUCAAUUUUAACCCAGCGGUGUGUUCUAUCCAAUAUUUACCCAUUAUAGGUCAAAAAUAACACAGCCAGUUUUAGAAUGUGAUAUUUUUUCUGCAAAAUGCAGUAAAUCCAUGCAAGUUUUUUUCCAAAUGCUAUAAAUCUAUUGAAUCCAUAUAUAAAUGUGCAUUCAUCUUUAUCAUGUUAUAUAAUUAUUUAGUUGACUAGUGGUAUAUACUGAUUAAAAAAUAAACAUUAAUGGCAUUAAUCAAUACACUUACUUUGACAUAUUAAGAACACUGUCAUUGCUGCGGUUAUACUUGGGGCGUCGUCGCUAAACUUUUUUGACAGCGAUCAGCUGUAAAAUGUUUUGGUUCUGCUUGAUUUUCGUUGACUUCAAGUAAUGAAAAGUUUUUUUCAUAAGAUCCCCUGGGUCAAUGUGUUAGCAUGACAGAAGCUUGAUGAGAACAAGCAACAGCCGACAUUUUUCCUUCGACCGAGUGCCUCUCACGUAAUUUAUUCGAUUUUGAUGGCUUACGUUUCUUCCCCUCACAGAAAACCACCACAGGUUUAUCAAUGCCAUCAAAAUUACUAUUUUGUUUUUGUUUGUUUGUUGAUCAAGAAGUACAAAGUAGAUGAGGAAAACUAGGAUUCUGUGUGUAAUCAAAGCGCCGCCAUUAAUGUUUACAUUGUGUGGAAUGGUGCACUGUGAUUGGUUGAGCGGAUUUAUUGCAUUCUGCAGAGGAGGAGGACUGGCGUUUAGGAAAAAUGGGAGAAAAGGUGACAGAAUAACACAGCGGAUAUUGGAUUUUGCAUAAAAUUAAGAAUUUACUUUUUAAUACUGACCUGAUAAAGUACUGAUUUUAGCAGUAACUCAUUAUUUAAAAAAAAAUGGCAUUUAUCGCAUUUUGGAACCAAACUCUUCAUUUGCUCCCAAAAGCAGUUUGUUCACCAUACUGAAGCAUCUCCCCUAUUUAUAUCAGUUAGAAAGUAGCCUCCUUGUCUAUACCUAUGUUAUGCUUUGCCCACCUCGCAGGCUCCCUCUACAGGUGGGGAGGAAAUUUAACAUAAAUGAUGAUUGAUAGCUGCAAAAAGCCACACGGUAUUUAAAAUGUAUAAGCACAGGCGUAUUCCCGUGCAUCUGCUUGUAUAGUAUACGUUAUAAGCCAGAGCUGAGAAAGUGCUGCAUUUUAAAUUAAGGCCAUUUGUCACGUACGUUGAAUCAUCUUUCCAACUACUGCAUCUGAAGCAAGAGACAGGAAAAGGAUUAGAUGUAUCCCUGUCUACAGCAAAACCCACUUAUUUCAUGCUCUCUUACAGCCACAGAACAAUGACCAGAGCAAUGACUGUGUGUUAGGAGGAGAGUUUAAGGUGUUUUUUGAUGAUUGAGGGUGAAUGGGAAAAUAAAGAUAAUAAAGAUAAAAAACACUGAAUAAAAGUGUUUUUUCUGAAGUAUUACAGAUUUAUUU